UCACCUCACCCAACACCACUACUCUCCUAUCAUAAUCUCGCCUACCCCGGCCGGCCCUUUGACUUCCUCUGCUUCCCUUCCUGCUUAGAACACCACAAACUCCCAUCGCCGGAGCUUCCUUGCAUCGAUGAACAAGAUCAAGGUGCACCCCAACGUCGCAGCUGCUUCUCUAGCGGUAUCCGCAGCGGAGGAGAAGGGAGAGGCGGUGUCGCUCACCGUGUGGCGGCGGUCGCUGCUGUUCAACGGCAAGGGGUUCACGGUGUUUGACACCAACGGCAACCUCGUCUUCCGCGUCGAGACCUACUCCCGCGGCUCGCCCCGCGAGGUCGUCCUCAUGGACGCCCACGGCCUCGCCCUCCUCACCGUCCGCCGCAAGAAGCUGAGUUUGGCGGAGGAGUGGCUCGUCUACGACGGCGACGGCGACGAGCCGGCGCCGAGGCGGUUCACGGCCCGGCGGAACAGGAGCCUGCUCCGGACCAAGUCCCUCGCUCGCCUGUCGCCGCCGCGAUCAUUGGACGGUACUGGGGAUGCGCCUGGCUGCCGGUACGAUGUGGAGGGCUCGUACGCUGGCCGUAGCCUCGACAUGUUCGCUUGCACUUCCUGGGCCUCCGGCGGCAAUCAGCGGCGGCGCGUGGCCACGGUGUGUCGGAAGGAGGCCGCUGUUGGCCUGGACGUGUUCCGGCUGAUAGUGGAGCCCGACUUCGAGCCGGCGCUGGCCAUGGCCAUGGUCAUACUCCUCGAUCAGAUGAACGCGUCCUGAAGCCUCGAUCCGUUCCAGGCAUGAACCAUGCAUGCUUGCAGCACCCUGCUGUGCCAAGGCUGCCGUGUACAGAGAACAGAAAAAGAGAGGGUAGGAAGCAAUUUGUGGUUGCUUCAUUGCUCAAUGCACCCACUUUUUUGCUUCAUGGUUCUUAAUGGCCUCAUCACCGAUGAGCCAUAGUUGACCAGCUGAAGCAUUUCUACCGAGUGGUGCCAUGUUGUGAUGUUUUGGAUUCUGGAUGUAGGGGCUGGAGAUCACAUUUAGAGGUGUUUUAGAUAGCCAGGUUCUAGUAUUGUUUCUGUCGGGUCAAAAUAAAUAUUCCCUCCGUUCCAUAUUAAGUGUAGCUGAUUUAGUAUAAUAUUUAGUACAAAGUUAUACUAAAUCAAUGACAUUUAAUAUGGAAUGGAGGGAGUAACACAGAGGCGUGGGUGUAUAUGAACUCGUAAAAUCGACCCUUUUUGUUUCCUUCAAUGGAAAUUGUGAUUACUGCA